AUGGUUACGGUAGAUUUUAAGACACUGACGGUACCUGUGGGCAUUUUGAGGAUCCUGGAGGUGAUCUUUACUUGUGUGACUUUUAGCUUGGUUGCAUCGGUCGGCCUAAAACCAGACGCCUCGCCAUAUUGGGGAUGGUGCAUCUUCACCUGGGUUUUCUGCUUUUUUUUCACUCUCAUCAUUCUCAUCCUGGAAUUUACUAAUGUCAGCACCAAAGUUCCUUUUGCCUGGGAGGACUUCACUGCUGCCUUUGCUAUCCUGGCAAGUGUGCUGUGCCUGUUUGCCUCCAUCCUGUACCCAACCUUUUUCACCUGUAAUACCUGUUACAGACAGAUUGGAGCUUCUGUGGUGUCCUGGAUUUGUUUUGCGCUAUAUGUGGCCCAGGUGGUCCUAAUACAUCUUCGCUCAACGGGACAGAACAGUGGCUUUCUUUCCACUCCGCCAGGUAUAAUGAAGAUGCUGGAAAGCUUUUUUACCUUCCUCAUCUUCCUUUCACUGGAAGUUUCACAGUACUCAGGGUCCCCAGCACUGAACUGGUGUGUAGCUGUGUACUCCCUGUGUUUUAUUUUUGCUAUCGCCAUAACCUUUCUCACACUUGGUAAUCUUACGGUCUAUUUUCCUUUUUCUUUCGAAAAGUUUGCAAUUGUUUAUAAUGUUUUGGCAGCACUGAUGUAUAUAACAGCUAUGGUUAUAUGGCCACUAUAUUCUUUUCACAAUAAUAAGAGGCCAGUGGACUGUGGCCGCCUCUGUAGCUGGGACAAACUGGUUAUGAUUACAGUCAUGACAAUCUUCAAUUCCAUUGUCUACACUCUGGACGCUAUCUACUCUAUACUUUUGGUAUUUUUUCUCAGCAAUGAGUGAGUUGUUGCUUGU